AGCGCCCCGCGCGGCUCGCAGGCAGAGCGCGCUAAUCUCCCCGCAAACGUCUCGUCGGAGGCAUCUCAGCAGCCACAGCAGACUGGCUCACAUAGGCUGAAGGAGGCUGCAUCCACCCCGCGGGUUCCACAUCGGAGGCUUUUGUCGCGUAAAAAGCAAAGCAAGGACACGGAGGCUUUUGCGACCCUAUCCCAUCUUCUUUUUUUUUUACCUUUUACCUCCUUAGUGAAAACAUUUCUAGAGGAGCUCGUUUCAAACUAAGCAAGAGUGAGUGGACAAAAAAGCCGAGACUGCGUUAAAAAAUCUGAAUCAAAGAAGAUUUAAAGUCUUUUCGCUGGAGUAAAAGGACGGACGCUCACCGGAUCAUUUUGGGAAUGUGUCUCCUUUAUUAAAUCCGGUGCAAUCUUGAUUUAUUUAUUGAAUCAAGUUUUCAAAUGAGGAGCUUAAACUAAAACUAUUUCUUUCAAACGGAACAACGGAAAGAUCUACAGAAAGGAGGGAAUUUUAAUUAAAUUGUGGUGCGCAGUUUUGCGCGGCGUGUGCGGUCGCUGAGCCGCAAAAAGUAGUUGUGAUUUAUUUCUGUUAUUGUUAUUGACAGUAAUAUUUCAUCUUAGAAAAUAAAAAAAAGCAUUUCCUCUUGGACUGAGCUGAAUCCCAGAUACAGGCUUAACGUAAAAAAAGAGUGGGUUUAUUUUCUGUUGCGUGGAACAAACAGGCGGAUCUGAUGCGCAAUUUCUUCGUGGGAUGGUAAAUGACCGAUGGGGAACCAUGAACAGCUCUUCUGAACUCGAAGAUGGAACUCGGCAUAAAAACCAGACAUUCUGUGAUUGUGUGCCCAGCUCCUCCCAACUCAAACAUCGCUGGUCAGACACAGAAACUGUCAGGGAGACUCCGGCCAAGAGAAUGAGCUGCAGCUACCUCCUCUGCACUAUCCUGCUGUUCGUUGCCGUGCUGCUGGCCGUCACUGUCACUGGCACCAUCCUUUUUAUGAAUCACUACCAGGCCCCUCCCUUGUCUGAUGGCUUACCCCACAUUACCACCAACCAGGAUGAAGCAAAUGCAUUGGUCACUGUUGAGAGAGGCGACGGCUCUCGCAUCAACAUCUUCAUCGACCCCAACUGUCCCGAUUACAACAGUAACUUUAUGCGCCUGGAGGGCGUGCAAACCUCACUGCUCCACUCGCUGACUGACCACGACUCUGACCUGAAGUCGGUAAAAGGUCAGGAUCGCGUUCUCCUUGUCAGCCUGGCAGAGGAGGUGACCAAGUUGUCGGCCCAUGCUGGGCAACUGAAAAUGGAUUAUGAAUCUAUACGCAGGGGGCAGGGCAGCUUGGGCCAAGAUCUAAACACACUGCAGUUAGAACAAAGACGCCUGUUGCAGAUGCUGUCAGAAAGCCAGGUACACAUGGAGAAGGUGAUGAACUCUGUUAGUGAUACUCUUAAUGCAAUGCAAAAGGAGAACAUAGGUCUGAAGGCACGAGUCAAGGCUGAUUUACAAAAGGCACCGGUCCGAGGGUCUCGCCUCAAGGGCUGCUCCAAUGGCUCACGCCCCCGUGAUUGUGGUGAUCUGUAUGCCAGUGGUCAAAGAGAGGAUGGCAUCUACUCUGUGUUUCCGGUUCACCACCCCACCGGCUUCCAGGUCUACUGUGACAUGACCACGGAUGGAGGAGGAUGGACGGUGAUCCAGCGCAGGGAGGACGGCUCAGUCAACUUCUUUAGAGGAUGGGAGUCCUACCAGGAAGGAUUUGGCAAAAUCACUGGUGAACACUGGCUUGGUUUGAAGCAGAUCCAUGCCCUGUCCAUCCAGGGGAACUAUGAGCUACGUAUCGACUUGGAGGACUUUGAAAAUAGCACAGCAUAUGCCCAGUAUGGUACCUUCGGAGUGGGCCUCUUCUCAGUGGACCCUGAUGAUGAUGGAUACCCUUUAACUGUUGGCGACUAUUCCGGAAAUGCAGGUGAUUCUCUGGUGAAGCACAAUGGAAUGAAGUUCACCACCAAAGACAGGGAUAAUGACCACUCGGAGAAUAACUGCGCCUCUUUCUAUCACGGUGCAUGGUGGUACCGCAACUGCCACACCUCCAACCUUAACGGGCAAUACCUGCGCGGUCAGCACACUUCCUACGCAGAUGGCAUCGAGUGGUCCUCCUGGACUGGUUGGCAGUACUCUCUCAAGUUCUCAGAGAUGAAGAUACGUCCCACCCGUGACCCUGAAAAUAAAUAAAUACUGACAAAAGAGGAAAACAGAGAAAGAGAAGACAGUUUCCAAACAUUACAAACCACAAUUUCUGCCGGCUUACAUGGAGUUAUUUUUCUUGAUAUCGUUUAUUCACUGAAAGAAACCUCUUUGAGUUUAGCUGACUCUGGAGUUUGCCUCAUGGUUUCCCUCCUCUCUUUUUGCUCGUCUUAUCUUCAUCACUCAGCUACUAGUCAUGCUGGCUGCCAUAAUCCUUUGUGUGAGAUCCCAUUAUUUUAAAUGACCCCAACCAUGAAGCUCUCAUUUUUUGAUCUUUCCGUUCACAAAAGCAGCAUACCAGAGCCCUGAGCCCACAGUCCACUGCACUAGCUUUAUUCAGCCUGACAUGGUGGUCCAUCCAUCGCCUGUAGAAUCACACACCAGUGAUUUUCUCCCGACUUGUAACUCUGACCUCCCAUCUGUGCUGACAUGGCGCUCAGACGGGCUCAGUCUCAAUGCCCAUCACUUUAGAAGCUGUGAGAGGGUCCCCUACAACAGAACAAGACAAACCCUUCACAAAGUACAAGCAGGACAUACAAAUUGUGAAGCUUCACCUGCGAGAAGGGAAAACGCAGUGGUGCACAGUGUUACAUUUACGUCCUUUAUCUGUGUGAAUGAGAUCCAGCGGGGUAGUUGCAAGCAGCACAGUUAAUGAGAGGAAGAAAGCACAAAUGAGGAAGCAAGAGUUAAAUUGGUUGGAGAAGGGGGAGAAUAGAGUAUCACUGGGGUUGAGGGAGUAGUAAGAAGAGGUACAAAAACGAUGAAAAAAGAAGAAGACUGAAACGGCAGAGGUUCUCAUUCAUCUGACUUGGGCCAUUAGGGAGCAUAUUGGGCACUUUGUCUGAUCUGCUUGCCAGCUGAGUACUGGCCAAUUGAUGCAGCACUCACAGAUGGUAACCCAGCACUUGUGUGUUUGUAGGUGCGUGCGUGCAAAUGUGCACACCUCGGACAGACAGACACAUGGACAGAGCUCCCUUAGACUAUCAGGUUUCCGUCCUGAGCGUUCUGACUGAGAACAGGGCUCAGCACAAAAAGACAGAACAAGAUGUAUGGUUGCAUAUCUUCACUCUGUUUGAGUAAGAAGCGGGAGCACGAAAUAACAAGGCGUGGAUGAUAUGUUCUGUAUAAGGUACAGUAGGUUGAGGCAGGAAACAAUGCACCGAAGAGGGAAACCUGUAUCGGAGGUUACAUGCCCAAUUCCUAGCUCUUUAAUCUCUUCUUUUGUUGUUUUUUUUUUUUUCUUGUCAGAUGACUAUCAAAGGGAUUUUCUUGGGCAACACAGUUUCUGUUGUCUUGCAAGCACAGUAGAGUUAAGUACGAUUUGACACUCUCCACUAUUUUUAUUCUCUUUUGUCUUUUUCUUUUGCAUAAAAAAAAUCUCCACUGUCCCAUGACAAAGUAAAAACAAUAAGAGAGAGGGAAAAAAAUGAGAACAAAAACAAAAAGGCAACAUAUGGGGAAAAUUACAACUUUUCAAUGUCUCUUUUCUUUAAACUCAAUCAACUUUUUGGAUGAUGUAAGAAGAAAAGCUUUAAAAUAUCUUCAGAUUAUAUUGUACAGUGUGUAUGACUUUCAGAGCAUGUGAAUCAUUUCUUACUAUGCUAAAACACAAAGAGAGCUUCAGCACACAGGUCCAUCUGUUAAAGAGACAAAGGAGAACUUUUCCUCUCGAAGUGAUCGACAGUCAGGAGUGACCCGUGCAGCUCAGAAGGUUGACUACACAUGAAGAGGAAGAAUGCAAUUUUCCCUCAAGCACACGCCCGUUCAAAUCUUCAGCACAAACACAAAAUCAGACAAACAAUGCAACAGAUUUCAAACUUUUUUGGCACGUUUGCUGCCUUGCUUGAUAUGUGCAAUCCUUCUGAAACCUUGGCUCCGGAAAGUCUGCUGAUGGCGAGUUCACGUGCGGCACCGAGCAAUGUUGCGCACAAUGACUCUGAUACCGGAAUGGCUGCGAGUGUUUGCCGUCAUCACAGGUGCUAGGAAGGAUUUCCCAUUGCUGUGUACAGUACAUACACCUAUAUGUCAUGUCUCGUGGACUGCUGCCAUGUCCUUUCAUCAAAGCACAGAGACUUGUAAAAAAAUAAAAAAGAAUGGGGGGGGGAAACUCAUUGAUGUUGCUAUUGCACAGAUUUUGAGGUAUCAUCAAGCGGGAGGCGAUUGCCAAUUUCAGUUUGAAAUUUAAGAAGUCACAUAAGAAGUAAUUGUGUGUGUGUGUGUGUGUGUGUGUGUGUGUGUGUGUGUGUGUGUGUGUGUGUGUGUGUGUGCUUGACAGAGCACAUGUAUUUGUGUGCACAUGAGUGCAUCAAUAGUGUCUGUGUGUGUACACAUAUAGGCACAUGCUUUCGUUUGUACAUGCUUGUGUGCAUGAGCCAGACAAGAGUGGGAGGCUGAAUGUUCCUCGAUGUGGAAUUUUCAAGUAAUGUGAUGCUUAUGUACAACUCGCCUUCCCUGCUGUUUGUGUUGAUAACAGAGAGAAUUUCAUUAUUAUAAUGAACUAUUACUUAUCGUGAUUGUGAACCCGUUAGAGUGGAUAACACCUUCUGGUACUGUGUUGAACUGCGCCUGUACCCUAAACCCCUGUGAAACCACUACUAUUUUUUUUUUUUUUUUUUUACCCCACAAGACAUUGUGCACACUGUAUAUGUUAAUGCUUCAUUGCCCCGUUGUUAUUCAGAUGUGCGGAGAUGUAUUAUUUGCCAUGGCCCUUUUCUGGGUUUUUGUUGAGGGAAUGCCUUUACAGUCACUCUCACUCUCUCUUUCUGCUGCAGCUUGUGAAAUCUCCAAUGGAAGAGAAGAUAAAAGAGUGAAAUCAGAGGCUCUAAUCAAUCCCAGUUAUCCCACUUGUUAUAGAGCAUCAGCGCCCUCCUUAUCGAUCCCCCAGGUCCCCAAACCCUCUACAUUUCUUAGUGUGUACCUUCUUAAUUGCCUUAGCUUCUGCUUUUAAAUCCUAGCCCUCCAGCUCCAACAUUCUCCUUGUUUUUCCAGCUCCUUACCCGCUCCUGUUUGAUGCUGUUUUCCUACCCUACUCUUACCCCUGCUCUCCUUUUCUUAUCCCUCUGUCCUCCCAUUCCAUCAUUUCUGGCGCAAAACAACGUUUUCUCUUUCUUUUAUUUUUGGUGAAGUACUAUAGGUUGUUUUGCUGAAUCUUGAUACUGUGUUUUAAUGUUCUUGUCAACAUUUAAUAAACAUUCACAUUUU